GAGCACGCACGGCGACAGCGGCGGCGACGGCGGCGACGACGACGACGACGACGACGAGCAGCUCGCCGAGUUUAGGGUUUCUUUGGACUCCGGUGCUCGAUCCUCGCCUUCUUGAGUUUUCUCGGAAACCAUGGAGAAAAUCAGGAGGGCGUCGCACGCCGGCUCAUGGUACACCGACAACCCUAAGAAAUUAGCCGAAGAGCUGGAGGGAUGGCUUAGAGCAGCUGGCCUGGAAAAAUCUCCUGAUGUAAGAGGCGUGAUCGCUCCGCAUGCAGGUUAUUCGUAUUCUGGAAGGGCUGCUGCUUUUGCUUUUGGAAAUAUAGAUCCUACAAGCAUUUCUAGGAUAUUCCUCCUUGGACCAUCUCAUCACUAUUACACGCCCAAAUGUGCUCUUUCAACAGCUACUGUUUACAAGACUCCUAUUGGGGACCUACCCAUCGAUUUGGAAGUUAUCGAGGAAUUAAAAGCAACUGGGAAAUUUGAGCUGAUGGAUCUUCGAAUUGAUGAGGCCGAGCACAGCAUGGAAAUGCACUUGCCAUACCUUGCCAAAGUCUUUGAGGGGCACCCGGUAAAAGUAGUACCUAUAAUGGUUGGUGCUGUUAACCCCGAAAAUGAGGCCAUGUAUGGGCGAUUGCUGGCCAAAUAUGUAGAUGAUCCGAGCAACUUUUUCUCAGUAUCCUCUGAUUUUUGUCACUGGGGAACACGCUUCAGCUACACACACUACAACAGAAAAUGUGGGGAUAUAUACAAGUCUAUAGAGGCCUUGGACAAGACGGGGAUGGAUAUAAUAGAAACUGGAGAUCCAAAUGCUUUCGAACGGUAUCUAGAUGAGUACCACAACACAAUUUGUGGGCGUCAUCCGAUUAGUGUUUUUCUACAUAUGUUGAUGAACUGCUCUACCAAGAUAAAGAUAAAGUUCCUUCGAUACGAGCAGUCGAGCCAGUGCAAGAGCACGAGAGACAGCAGCGUAAGCUACGCAUCCGCGGCGGCAAAGGUCGAUCCUUGAAGCAGUCGAGAUAUCUCUCGGACGAGAAUGCUCGCCCGUUUGCACAUAUCUUCGAAAAUUGAAUGUAAAAGAUGAUGAACCCAUGACUAUUCUUAGAUUGACAAGGCAGACCAUCUUGUUUGUGGGCUCAUUCUUAUGAUGAUACAGCAGUGGGGUUUUUUAUUUCAAGUUUUUAGCUGCA